GCCGUUGAUGAGAGGCGGCUACAAUAUGAGCCUUCCGACUACCUUCUCCUCCAAACGCGUUCCUGGAUUUUCUUCUAGCGCGUUUUCGCCUCAUCUUCGUUGCAUCUACUUCGAACUCAACUUCAAGACCAAGCACACACUACGACUCUCCUCUCAUAGUAAGACUGUCCUCGCAUCAUAUUUAAGAUCUUCUUCUCCUUAUUCAACAGACCAUCUUCUUCUUCCUUCGUCAACGUUUUACACCGAGAGAGGGGAGAACUGGUGUUGAAAGAUCUUGAGAGAGAGAGAGAGAGAGAGAGAGAGAGAGAGAUAAAAGGCUUCUUGUGAAGUAGUUUGUGAGUGACAGAAAAAUGGUGGAUCCGAACACCGGCGCAGAUUUUCCGGCCGUUCCGACUCACGGAGGGCAGUUUAUUCAGUAUAACAUAUUCGGAAACCUCUUCGAAGUUUCAGCGAAGUACAGGCCUCCGAUUAUGCCUAUCGGUCGCGGUGCCUAUGGAAUUGUCUGCUCGCUGCUGAAUACGGAGACUAACGAAAUGGUGGCUGUUAAGAAGAUAGCGAACGCUUUUGACAAUCUCAUGGACGCUAAGCGCACGCUCCGUGAGAUCAAGCUUCUUCGGCAUUUGGAUCAUGAAAAUGUAAUUGCUUUGAGAGAUGUGAUUCCACCACCCUUGCGUAGAGAGUUUGCCGAUGUCUACAUGGCCACGGAACUUAUGGAUACUGAUCUUCACCAUAUCAUCCGCUCGAAUCAAAAUCUCUCGGAGGAGCACUGCCAAUACUUCUUAUAUCAGAUUCUUCGUGGGCUAAAGUAUAUACAUUCUGCAAAUAUCAUCCAUAGAGAUUUGAAACCAAGUAACCUGUUGCUGAACGCAAACUGUGAUUUGAAGAUUUGCGAUUUUGGGCUUGCACGAACGACUAUGGAAAAUGAUUUCAUGACAGAAUAUGUAGUCACUAGAUGGUAUAGGGCUCCUGAAUUGUUAUUGAACUCCUCAGAUUACACCUCUGCGAUAGAUGUUUGGUCUGUAGGUUGCAUCUUCAUGGAGUUGAUGAAUAAAAAGCCUCUAUUUCCUGGCAAGGAUCAUGUGCAUCAGAUGCGCCUAUUGACUGAGCUUCUUGGCACUCCAACUGAGGCUGACAUCGGAUUAGUGAAAAAUGAGGAUGCAAGGAGAUAUAUCCGACAACUUCCCCGAUAUCCUCGUCAGCCUUUAGCAAGGGUUUUCCCUCAUGUUCAGCCCUUAGCCAUUGAUCUCAUCGAUAGAAUGUUGACUAUUGACCCUACACGAAGAAUUACCGUUGAAGAAGCGUUAGCGCACCCAUACCUUGCUAAACUACAUGAUGUAGCUGAUGAGCCAGUCUGCCCAGAGCCAUUCAACUUUGAUUUUGAGCAAAAUCCCUUGGGAGAAGAGCAAAUAAAAGAUUUGAUCUGCGAGGAGGCCUUGGCAUUUAAUCCAGUGUACGCAUAAAGAAUAUGCACAAGGAAUAUAAAACUUAGAAGGGGAGAAAAAAGAACCUGAGUUGUCGACAUUAUCAUCCUCAAAGUUCACAGCAAUGAAAUUUUUCGGAGAACGAAUCAUGUUGAGAUGACAGAGCACCCCGUAAGUUUUAGUUUUGCACCAAUGGCCGCCCAUCUACUGUAAAAUCGCUUUCUGUAGUGAUAACCUCUACUGUAACUUUGUGCGUCCUGUUUAGUUGGGUUUUUUUAUUCAAUGAAUAUUUCAAUGGCAUAAUGUAUUAAUGUAACAUUUUUAAUCCCUUGCGAACUAUACAGUCACUGUAGUGGACAAAUUCGAGGAGUAAUAUUUCUUGCUCAGUUUAUCGCGCA